ACAAGUAACACUAAAAGCAAAUUAUUCCGGAUUCCUGCUCCACAAGACUUUCCUUAUCGGCAAAAUCUUCCUCCAUCAGUCAUCUCCAAGGUUGCCAUUUCGUGUAGGAGAGUCACUUAGCGAGAGCAAAUGAAACUUCAACCUACAAAGAUCUUUAAUGAACUGUGCCUCUAUUCAAACGCCUUUGACAAUGAUUAAAAUGAAUUAUUUUGAAACCUACUAUGCAGUUUCGAUCAACUAAGACAGAAAUGAAGUCUGCUUCAGCUUUGCAUUGUCUCAGGCCUCCCUAAAUUAUACUCUUAUUGUAUUUACCUAAAGAAGCGUCUAGAUUGGCUUUUAAGGUGCAUAGUCUAAACAAAGCUUUCUUUGAGGAUGGAGAUAAUUUCUCCGCCUUUUCAAUGGAAUUGAAACAAACCAAAAAAAAAAGAAAGGAAGAGGAUACUUAUUGAAUUAAAAUUCAAAGUAAGGCAUUUUGCAAAUAUCCGGGGAAAAGACUUCAACUUCCGUCCAAAACUGAAAAUACCUGCACAGGAAUCUAGCACAUUCUAAUUCUAUCACACUAACCCAAAUCGUUUUCUUUGGUUCGAGUCAUAGUGUGUUUACUUAGUGCUGUAACUUGUAUCAAAAUAAGCACGAGAAAUUAAAUCAAAGAAUGAAAUAUGAACGAUUUGUUAACCUUCAGACGUGUUUACGCAUUGUAGCAAAAAAGCGUUCUGGAGCCGAGCAAAUCAAUGAAGCAGAUCAUGCAAAUGGACGUAAUAAGGCAACGAAUUGGGAUGUUCAUUGUGUUAGUGAGGUUGUGCCGAUAUAUCAAAAUAUAACUAUUUUACAGUCUGUUACAGCCAUCUGAAGGAGGUACUGGACAAUAUCUUGAGUUCUUAGCUGCGCUAUUCAAAACGGCCCAGAACUUUGCAGAAGUCACAACAUAAACUGAGAAUACAAACAACUCAGCGUAAAAAAGUUGAAUGUGUCAUUUACAGAAAUUGGCGGUUAAUAAAUUUCGCAGCGAAAAGAAAACUUUUCCGGGGAAAAUGUUAAACGUGCGCGUCGUUCUUCAGUCUUUUUACGGCGUAGGGAUAUUUUAGGUCAUUUUACGGGGCUCAUCAAGCAGGGAAAUAGAGACGGCUUCGAGUUAUCCAGAAUGUUAGUUUUGUGAGAUAAAGAUACUCCAGAUGUACAAUGAUAGAGGAAACAGGAGCCAGAAUGGGAAUAGAACAGAUUGGACGCAAAUGUGGUCCUUAAAACUUACACGACAGAACUUUUUUAAAAAAAAGAAGAGACAAAACAAUUGGCUUGAGUGAUAUGUUUCGUUACUUGACAUCUCAGUGACGCAAUCGAGAUGGGUGCCCCCUUAUGUUUAUGUAUGUCACGGUGCUAAUUUUAAGCGACGUCUUGCACAAUAAUAUUCACAUAAAAUGGCUUGUAAGUCACUUUUCAGUAUAUGCAAUGAGAGACGCUGUAAGGGUUGCCUAUCAAACCUGAAGCAGAACCUUCUUCUGGCCUUACUGGUGGUUGGAGCAGUCAUUGGAUUUUCAAUCGGAGCAAUAAUCAAUGGCCCCGUGAAUCGCAUCAUCGACCCUGAGAAGAAGGCCACUGUCAUCAUGCUCAUUGGAUUUCCUGGAGAAUUGUUCAUGAACAUGUUGAAGAUGAUUAUUCUACCUCUGAUCGUUGCCAGUGUGAUAACAGCCGUAUCAACUCUGAAUCCUGAAGUGGCGGGAAGAAUCGGUCGACGCGCUCUUAUGUAUUACUUAGGAACACUAGUGCUAGCCGCUCUUCUGGGGUUGGCUCUCGUGAUGGCAAUCCGUCCUGGUUUAAGCGACGAACCUGGCGAGCAAAAGGAUGUAAAAGAAGUAAAGUACAGGAACUUGGAUUCGCUUCUUGAUAUGAUAAGGAACUGUUUCCCCAGUAACUUAGUGGAAGCAGCCAUAAGCAAGAAAAAGACAAGGUACAUUACGGUAUCUGCUAAAUCAAAGACUUACAAUGUCACAAGUGAUUCCAUUCACCUCGAGACUGGCGAGGAAAUUAUCGGUGUCCAUAGCAAUGGCACCAUAAAUAUCACCACCAUAGGGAGAAAGAUCUUCACGGGCUCGGACACCGUACCUGCGGGGGUAAUGACCUCGGGAGGAAUGAAUAUCAUUGGUCUGAUUGUGUUUUCCAUCGUGCUUGGUAUUGUCCUUGCGAGGUUGCGUGAGAGAGGAAGACCGCUGGUUGAAUUUUUCUCGACAUUGAACGAGGCUAUAAUGAUAAUUGUUCUUUUCGAAAUGUGGCUGGCUCCAAUUGGUGUGUGUAGCUUGGUAGCGUCUCGUGUUGGUGGAAUGAAGGAUGUCUUAGGUGCAAUAGAAAAGUUAGUGUUUUACAUGUUGACAGUCAUUUGUGGCCAGCUGAUCCACUCUCUGAUUGUGUUGCCACUCGUCUUCUUCAUUUUCACUCGGAAGAAUCCUUAUGUGUUCAUGAAAGGUCUGACAGAGGCCUUAAUGACUGCGUUCGGCAUCGCUUCCAGUGCAGCCACACUACCAACAACUAUCCGCUGUGUGGAGGAAAACAACGGCAUCGAUUCACGUAUCAGUCGCUUCAUGUUACCUCUUGGCGCGACCCUCAACAUGGAUGGCCUGGCUCUCUCUCGAGUGGUAGUAACCAUCUUUGUUGCUCAACUAAACGAGAUCUCCCUUAGCCCUGGAAGAAUUGCUGUUGUCUGCUUAAUUGCAAUCGCUGCUUCUAUUGGCGCCGCAGGGAUACCAGGAUCAGGAAUCAUGAUCAUUAUUGUUCUCCAGGCCGUCAAUCUUCCACUGCACGACUUUGGCAUCAUUAUGGCUAUUGAAUGGAUGCUGGAUCGCUGCAUCACAACUGUCAACGUCCUUGGGGACGCUAUGGGUACUGGAAUCGUGGCACACCUCUCACGCGACGACUUGAAGCUAAAGAGAGAAAACGACAAGGACAGAACAGCUUCGCAGGGAUUAAUGAUGACGGGUGAAUCGUGAUUUCUCUCACCUGUAGCAGUGUAGUAAUAUACCUCGAAUUGGAGAUGGCUAGUGGCGAAUAUUUAUCGAACCGCAAAGCGACGAAGUAAUUAUCUAUUGAUAGCUACCAACACUAUGUUGAAUAGUUGUUUUAGUAUAUACAAACACAGUAAGGUAAUAAGGCACAAAACAAUGUUUUUAAUUCACUUAUUCCUUCUGCUCCGAACAGAAUAGUGUAAGUAUCCAAUCGGAGCGCGCCUUCAACGCUAUCCCACUGUUUUAGUAGAUACUAAAUACCUCUGGUAAAGAUGUAGGUUCGGGACGCAAAGUUGAAGUCGAUAGAACAAAACUGAAUAUAAUGGAAGGUGACCGUGGGCUGGUGGCUUUACCAUCUAAAAAUUCCAAUUUUUUUAAACUGGAUAUUAGCUACGCAGGCUACAACGACUCGUACACGGCUACACGACACGAAUAACAACUGAAACUAUCUCAUAGCAGAGCUGUUUUACCUUUAAUGACUUCAUUGAAUUCUUAACAAAGCGCUACAAUAUAAAAACUAUAACACAACUAAACCGAAAGCCGUAACACUUGAUAGGAACCCUUUCUACUCCUGUACCAUUUAACACCUUUUAAGACUGGAUGUACUAACCUUAAGGUAAACAAGUUCUAAGCUAUAUGCAACUUUCGUAUGGUUAUUGCAAAAAAUGUAAUCUAAGUAUAUAGGAGACAUAUAAAUGAAUAUAACAUAAAGACGUGCAGCUUUUCGUAGGUUGAAAAUACAUUCGUAUCAAGGUCAGUAACUAUCCCUCCCCUAGCCCUACAAAAGUCAACUGACACGAGGGGGAGGGUAGGUAUGCAAUUGCUCAGAAACGGAAAAUGAUCCGAAGAGUUUCAGUUUUCCAAAGAGAGGGAAUUAAGAACCAAAUAAUCCAUGACCACCCUUAAAAGAAAGAGACGAUGUAAGGGUAAGACUGACAAAUCAAUGUAGGCCGUACUCCUUGGACAAUCUCUACUAAGUUAGUUUGGGAUCACUGCCCCUUUGGAAGAUUGUGUGAAGAUGCAGAAAUGAUCAAUUUGAACGAUUUCAACAUUUUCUUAAGAAGUUACAUUAUGGAUCCAUAACAUGAUUUUCUUAGUUUUCCUUUAAAAAACCAGAAGAAUGUAUACACCUCACAUCCAUGUAGCGACUUAAAACAAGGUAUCAGUUUAUAUCAUUGACAGUGUUCACUACAGUCAGCGGCUAACUUCCUACAUUAGUAAAAUAUUAAAGAUAACGUGACGUAGCUCGACCAAGAGAAUAAAGAACAAAACUGUCAUCUUAUAGCAACAGGAGAUCAUGGUAAAAAGAAUUCAUAUUUGUUUCCUUGAGGGCGCGAGAAAACGACCGAUGGAAAAAAAAAAAAA